AAAAAGCAAACAAGAGUAAGCUGGGGUUUUUUCCACUGGAUAGAACAAGGAAUGCGGCACUGCGCAAACUGUAGCGAUGAAACUGAUUUCCCUCUUUAUAGUGCUCUCCGCGGCUGCUGUUCGAGCACAAACCAAUUCGAGCACAGACCAAUGCACCUCUUCUCAAUGGUCCUAUGAAGAGUUCUCAGAGAAGCUAAAGAUCUCAGACGAAUGUAUGGAAGCACUCGCUGCUCAAUGGACCGAAAGCCAAAAUGCAGCAAUACUCAACAACCUGAACCGCUUGAUGGAUAUUUUUAAGAAAAAUCAAAAAUCAGUGUGUAAGGAUGCCACACCUAAGGAAUGCCCAGCUCCAGCAGUACAGAGUAAAGGAGGGAUAGUUUGUGUGUCUGCUAAGGGGAAGCGCUACUGUAAGCCGAUGUGCAACGAGGGCUAUGACUUCAGCUUCCUGAGGACUUCUAGGCUGUAUGAGGAAUGCAGCGAUGCCACCGGCUUCACAUGGACAACUCAGUACGUGGGAGGCAACAAGCUGGCCGUCUGUAACAAGUCCAACAUUCAAAUAUCGGCCACGUCUUCAGCCUACUUCCCCGUGAACCAGGACUGCUGGGUGACUAAAAGUAACUCGACUUUAGAGGAGGAAGUCAUUAACACGUUUGAAAAUGAGCUGAGCGCUAAGAAUAUUCAAGGGCCUUACACGCACAGGUGUUUUGUGUGUGGAUAGAAUGAUAGCGUUUGCAUUAAAACGUGUAUAAGAAACACCCAAUACAGAAUUUAGCAAUAAAUCCAUAACUGCGCAUUGUAA